ACUCCGAACAAAGAAAACUCAGCUCGUAGGUUAUUACCAAAGACUGCAUUCAAUUUUAUAGGAUUGCCUCGUCCACAACUACCCCCACAACACAGUAAUCAAACCCUUCACCACACACAACCUUCAACUCAUUUUUAAUAACAUUCAUCAUAAAUACCCAUUAGAUAUAGACAUCUCAUAAAAGACAUGCUCACUUCUUCUUAUCACCUUCAUAGGCCUUUCUUCAUUCCAGUAAACACAACUUCCUUCUUCCUCCACCAUCUCAUCUUCUUCUUCUUCUUCUUCUUUUGGAUUCUUCUCUCACGGUUCCAUAGAUCUUAGUGCUUUCAAGGGGUGACUUUAAGCCAUGGGUUUGAGUUCUAAGCAGGUUUCUAGCAGUGGACUUGAUUGGAAGCAAACCUUGUUGGAGGCUCAGGACUUGGAACUCCCAAAGCCUAAUCUGAUGAGAAAACAACAACAGCAACAACAGCAGCAGCAUCAGCAAACUCAGCCUUCAGAGUCUUUGAAGUGCCCAAGAUGUGACUCUACCAACACCAAGUUUUGUUACUACAACAACUACAACAAGUCUCAGCCUCGCCAUUUCUGCAGGGCUUGCAAGAGGCACUGGACUAAAGGUGGAACUUUACGAAAUGUUCCGGUAGGUGGUGGAAGGAAGAACAAGAGGGUCAAAAAACCAAACACUCCCACACCAUCUUCCACCACCGCCACUACCACCCCGACAACAGCCAGCCCUUCUACUUGCACUGCCACCGUCACAACCUCAAUUGGCAAAAUGGAUGCUAUGCUGGGUGGUGGCCACAUGACAAUUCAAACUCCUCUUGCAGAUGAUCACAAAAACAUGGCUUCCUCUCUCUACCAAGCUCUAAUUCGCCCACCACCUUUGCUGCUACAACAGAAUCUGAUGAACGCGAGAGACUUAGACGGCAAAGAUUUUGGUAUUGGUAUAGGUAACAAUGGUAUCUUCCCGAGUUCAACUUUGCCUCUUCCUCAUCAAAGCCAAAGCCUACUCUUCCCUUUCUCAACCUCAAGCAGCUCUUUUGACACCAACCCUUGUUCGGUGUCAACCUCUCUGAGAUCAUCCAAUGUUUAUAACUAUGGGGAGGAGUUCAAAGCAGCGGAAGAACCGACCAUCAACAGUACUGCUAUAGCGCCUGGCACAGGUGGCGCUAACACACAGCCAUGGGAGAUAGCAGCAACAAGUGGUGUUGGCUUGGGAACUUCAAACUAUUGGAAUUGGGAGGACUUUGAUUCAUUGGUCUCAACUGAUCUAAAAGAUCCCUGGGAUGAUUCUGACAUCAAACCCUGAGACCAAACAAUAAACAACACAUGAUGAGGCAUAUUCUGUGCUGGUGUUUCUUUCUGCACCUGUAAUUCUUUCAAACAGAAGUAUUUGGAGCUGUCAUGUUUUAGUUUCAGCUUCAGCUUCAAGCAAAGGGUUCAAAAUUCCUGAUUAGUUGUAACCCACUCUGUUUGCCUCUUUGUUCAUCUCUCUAUCAUUUCCUCUAAUCUCUAAUAAAGUGAUGUAUUAAUGUAUGCAAUUAGUCUAGCAUCAUUUAUCAAUACAGGAUUUUCAUCUCUAUUUUUUUGAGAGUUUUCUGAGUGCUUUGUGAUGGGAGUGAUAUAGAUAUGGGGUCUGCUCCAGCACUGCUGAACUGACAGAAUGUGAUUGGAAGAUUCUUUGGACAUGUAUAUAUCUUGGAAUGAUAUUAUCAUACGGAUUUUAUUGCUCAUGAUUCAUCAUCACCACCACCACCACCAAUUCUUGAGAAUCAUUCUUUGAUUUUGGGAAUGAAAGAAUUUUUGUUGUACAUCAAUUUGUUAUAUUAUUCUUAUUAUUCUAUUCCUAUCUUAUGUUUCUGGAUCAUGUCUCUGUGAGCUUUAAGUUCACAUGGUGUUUUCAUCUUUGUUCCAAUCUAAUAGAAUAGUAAACAGUGUACGGUA